UUUCAUAGUUGUUACUAUCAGGUCCAUUCAAGUGUCCUAUCAGUGGGUAAUUAAAAUGGAUCAUAUAGAGCACCGAAUAAUCAGCUAACUUUUUGACUUUGCAUUUUGAAACAGAAGAAUUAUUAAGUCCCCUGUUCAAUGGAGUGAGAUGGAACAGCAAGAUGAAGAGGAGGAUGGCACUGUGUACACAUUGGAAGAAGCACUUACAUCUGUUGGAAUUGGUAAAUUCCAGUAUAUGGUGUUGUGUUAUGCUGGUCUUGGUUUUAUUGCAGAAGCAGCUGAGACUAUGAUUCUGUCAUUUAUAGGACCUGCUCUAAGGUCCCAAUGGGCACUUUCUCCUACUCAAGAAAGCCUUAUGACUACUGUUGUUUUUGGCGGCAUGCUUAUCGGAGCUAUUUUAUGGGGCUUCAUCACAGACACUUACGGAAGAAGGAAGGGUCUUCUAAGUAUAUCAAUAGUGACUGCAGUAUCUGCAGCACUGAGUGCCUUUUCUCCAAAUUAUAAUUUGUUGCUUGCUGUGCGUAUGAUGGUUGGGUUUGGAGUAGGUGGACGAUCCGUAUAUGCAUCUUGGUUUCUUGAAUUUGUGCCUUCACAUAACAGGGGAAUGUGGUCCAUUAUCAAUUCAGGUUUUUGGACAAUUGGAUCAAUACUUGAGGCCUUAUUAGCACUGAUGAUUAUGCCAAGAUUGGGUUGGAGGUGGUUACUGGCUUUAUCAUCCAUACCAUCAUUUGCAGCACUUCUGUUAUUUGUAUUUACAGUAGAAUCUCCUAGAUAUUUGUGUGCCGUAGGUAGAACAAGAGACGCCUGUGAUGUUUUGAGGAAAAUAGCUGUGGUCAAUAAGACACAACUUCCCCCCGGAAAGCUCGUCUCUUCUCAACUCACUGAGGAAUUGCUUUCUCCUGGAAAGAACAAAAUCUCAUCAGGCUUCUCAUCCUUAGUAGUGCUUUUGUCCCCCACAUUACGUAGAAAUACCCUCCUCAUUUGGGUGGUUUAUUUUGGAAAUUCCUUCUCAUAUUACGGCAUUAUAUUGCUGACCUCACUGUUUAGCAGUGGACGAUGUCAACACUCGCCAAUCGCUUUGCACAUGAAUGAUGAUCAGAGCCUUUAUACAAAUGUGCUCAUCAAUAGUCUUGCAGAGAUCCCAGGGAUUCUUUUACCAGCUAUACUGGUGGAGAAAGUUGGUCGGAAAUUCACUAUGGCGUUUAUGUAUGCUUUAUACUUCCUAUUCCUUUUACCACUUCUUGAACCUCAACUGCCUGCUUUGACUACUGCAUUGCUAUUUGGUGCUCGUACUUUCAUCUUGGGAAGUUUCAGUGUUGUGGCUCUCUACAGUCGAGAGAUAUAUCCAACUUUCAUAAGGUCUACUGGUACUGGAGUUGCAUAUUCCAUGGGAAGAAUAGGGGCCAUGAUUUCUCCAGUCGUUGCCGUGCAAAUGGUAAGAGGGUGCCAUCAAAUGGCAGCAAUCAUAUCUUUUGAAGCAGUUAUAGUUUUAUCAGCAGCCAGUGUUAUGCUCUUCUCUCUAGAGACAAAGGGUAGGGAACUAAUGGAUACACUUGUUGUCUAAAGUUUGGACUUAUAUCAUUUUACUUGCAUUGAAGUUCUCUCCACAUUGGAGAGGAAAGAACUGAAAAUAUGUUGGUAUAAUUUACAUUUACUUGUGUGAGAUUGGCUUUUAUGAAAUUUCCUCCCGUCUAUA